UGCCCGAAUGAAAGUAAAUGGACGGAAUGGUUUGAUAGAGAUAAUCAAGAAGGUACAGGGGACCAUGAGACGAUUCGCAGUUUGAAUAAUCAAUAUCACGGAAGAUUGUGCACAAAUCCAACAUCACUUGAUGUACGAUUAUUAAAUGGUUCAAAUUAUCAUGUUGGUGGCAAUGUUCUCAUCCUGUCACCAUCAAUUGGCUUUAAAUGUAUAAACAAAUACCAGUCUGAUGGAAUUUGUAAAGACUAUCAAGUUAGAUUUUGUUGU